AUGGCCACGCCCGCUGCCCUGCGCAAGACCUCUGUCACCUUCCCCACUGACAAGCGCACCUUCCUGACCACGCCUCUCCCUGACGCCUCGCUCUCGACUUGUAUCGAGGGCAACGCGCCACGUUUUCUUAAGGAGGCGGUUCUGAAGUGGCUCGCCCUGUUUGGCGGGUGGGUAAGCGCGCCCGAUGGGAGCGAGGCGACUUUCUUCGGCAGCACCAUACGCGACGAUCUCCGGGUCACGGAGGUCUCCAUUGUGCAGAGCCCGUCUGAGCAGCCGAAGGCGCGUGUUGUGUGCGAGGUGCGGGUAUGGGAAGACAUGGUCGACAUUGUCGACUCAAUGCACGGAGGUUGUACGGCCUUCCUGAUCGACGAGAUCUCGGCGCUUGCGGUGGUGAUUCUGGCGAUGCACAACGGUCAGGAGGCUCCAUCUGCUGGCGUAUCGCAAACAAUCGAUACCGUAUUUCAUGCAGCAGCACCUCUCGGCACCGCCCUCCGCAUCGUCGGCACCUGUAGCUCCUUAGCUGCGGACACGUCCAUCGUCUGUAACGCGGAGAUAUGGGACAUCGACAACCGACGACUGGUCGCCUCUGGCACGCACAUCAAGAUGCAGGCCUCGCGUCCUCACCCGCGCUCCCCCUCGCACCCCCUCAAGCUCAAGAGCCGGCUAUAA